AUGCGUUCCUUCAUCUUGAUCGCCGUCAUGGCGCUACUGGCUUUCGUCUCCGCGAUGCCAAUCACACCAUCAGCACCUCAGCUUCAGAAGCGCGCUGAGCAGUUCCGUCUCGAGGGUCUGCGCGAGUUCGACAUUGCCGAGCGCCUGUCAGCACCAAUCGUCGAAUCCGACGAGACCGAGCCCAUCAUGACCCGCUUCCACAACAAACUCUCGGCCCUGCUGGAGUCACUCGCGAAUGCCGACGAGGAGAUCGAUGUCGAGGGCGACGUAGCGCCGGGGUCAAUGGAGGCCCCUCAAAUGCUCCCCAAGGCCACCACACACGCAUCCAGUCUCUACCGGUCACUAUGCGCACUAUUCCACAGCAGCAACGACGAUCUCGGCUACGAGGGCAAGGAGUCGGAGAUGCGCAGGCCCGAGGGGAUGAAGCACUGGGGUGGAGGCCGUUAG